AUGAGAAAUAAAUCAUGUCUUCCAGAAAUCUCGUUUAGAGAAUAUUGCUAAAAAUACUUUAAUGAUUCCUUUAUUACAAGUUAGAGAUUAACCAAAAAUAAAAUUAAAUUGGAUGAAAUUAAGAGUAACUAAAUAGGCAAAGAAAAAUAAUUAGAAUUUUAAAAUUUUAUUAAAACUGCAAUUGAUUAAACAAAAUAGGUAAGGCUUUAAGCAACACAAGAAGCUACAAAAACUUUUGGGGAUCCUAAAUAAUGGUUAAGAGCUUAAAAAGAAUAUUUCAAAUUACCAGAAUAAAAACACAAAACCUACAUUGAAUGCUAUGACAUCUAGUUACCUACUUAAAUAAAUUUUAACAAAUGGAAAUACAAAUAAAGACUCGAUUAAAUCAGAUAUCGAUCUUAUUCUUCUAGAAAAACAUCAAUUAGUCAAAAAAGAUAAUAUCAAUUUUGA